AUGAGCGCGAACCGGACAACGGCCGGCGAGCCCGGCGACAGCGUCGAGCAGCAGCAGCAGCCCGCCCUGUGCAUCAACAACUGCGGCUUCUUCUCGAACCCGGGCUGCGGGGGUAUGUGCUCGAAAUGCUUCCGCGACCUCGGCCACCGGCAAGACAAGCGCGACAAGGAGACCGUCCAGACCUCCGCCCGGGACGUCAAGCUCAUCGCGAAGGCCGGCGGCGACGCGCUGAUGGAGGAGGCCGACCCCGCGCCCGCGAUGCCGCACCGCCCGCAAAGAGCAGAGCCCGAGGCGCUGCCGCCUGGCGGCCAGAUCUGCCCCCUGCCGCCCGGCCCCGCGACCGGGCAGACUUCCGGCGGGCAGCAGGAGGGGGUGGAGGGCGCAUCGGGCGCGCCGUCGGCUUCCGGCGCGUGCAGUCCGCCCAGGAAGCGGCGCUGCACGGCCGACGCCUGUAAGAAGCGGGUCGGGAUGAUGGGGUUCAAGUGCCGCUGCGGGGGCGUCUUCUGCGAGGCCCACCGCUAUCCGGAGGCGCACGCCUGCGAGUUCGACCACAAGGCCUCCGAGCGUCAAAAGAUCGCGACCGAGAACCCGGUCGUGCGCGGCGACAAGCUGGACAAGAUAUGA